AUGGCAUGGCAAUCCGCGCCCCUAUCCCUCUUAAAUCAAUAUCGCGUAGCGCACAAUAUUCAGACACCUCCAGCAUUCUCAACCCCUUACCGACAAGCAAUUCUCACGAAUCCUGGCAUUGGCAGACAGAGCCCGACUAUGGCGCGGAAGAAGGAGAAGAGGCGGAUCUCGAAAGAGAACUUGGCAUUGGCGGUUAGGAAGAACUUUAAUGGUGCUGCUGUUAAUGAGAUUGAUGUUGUCGUCGAACUGGUAUACAAAGUGCGAAAUAAA